UUAAAAAAUUUUUAAUGUCUGUUUCUCUUCUUGGUCCCUGACAUUCCUAUAAAAUGGAGAGAGCUUCCGGGAAUUCUCCUCUUCCUAGCCUGUUGUUUUCAGUUUUGUUUUGAUUCUAUUUUUAAAUAAGCGAAACCUAAGAAGAGCUCCACCCCUCGUCGUUGGUUUGACAACCACCUGCUGCCCGGCUGCCUUUGCAGCACUGAGACUUGGACAGGACCGUGGCGAGAUGCAGGCCCUGGGGGGCCCCAGUCCCGGGCAGACGUGCGUGUUGAUCCUGAUCUUCACAGUGCUCCUGCAGUCCCUCUGCGUGGCCGUAACUUACAUGUACUUCACCAGGGAGCUGAAGCAGAUGCAGGACAAGUACUCCCAAAGUGGCAUCGCUUGUUUCUUAAAGGAAGAUGAUAUCCCUUGGGACCCUGAUGAUGAGGAGAGUAUGAACAACCCUUGCUGGCAAGUGAAGUGGCAACUCCGUCAGGUUGUUAGAAAGAUGAUUUUGAAAACCUAUGAGGAAACCAUUCCUACAGUUCCAGAAAAGCAGCUAAAUAUUCCUUACGUAGUAAGUGAAAGAGGUCUUCAAAGAGUAGCAGCUCACAUAACUGGAAGCAGUCGGAGAAGAAGCAUGUUUCCAGUUCCAAGUUCCAAGAAUGAAAAAGCUUUGGGCCAGAAAAUAAACUCCUGGGAGUCAUCAAGAAAAGGACAUUCCUUCUUGAAUAAUUUGCACUUGAGGAAUGGAGAGCUUAUUAUCCAUCAAAGGGGGUUUUAUUACAUCUAUUCCCAAACAUACUUUCGAUUUCAGGAACCUGAGGAAACUUCGGGAACAAUUUCAACAGAACAGAACAGAAAGAGAAACAAACAAAUGGUACAAUAUAUUUACAAAUACACAAGUUAUCCUGACCCUAUACUACUGAUGAAAAGUGCUAGAAAUAGUUGUUGGUCUAAAGAUUCUGAAUACGGACUCUAUUCCAUCUAUCAAGGUGGGAUAUUUGAACUUAAGGAAAAUGAUAGAAUUUUUGUCUCUGUAAAUAAUGAGCAAUUGAUUGACAUGGACCAAGAAGCCAGUUUUUUUGGAGCCUUUUUAAUUGGCUAAAUAAUUUGCAAAGAAAAACAUUAUUCUCAAAGUGACCAUUCACAGCAAAGCAAGGAAGUCUGAGCAAAGCCACUUCAUCCAAAAGACCAAAAAGGCAACACACGCUCCUCUAAUAUCUCUGAAUAUGACCAAGUCAUUCUAAGAAAGUGAAAUUGCCGAAAGAACUUUCAGGGCUCUAGCAGAAAUCUAGAGGAUUCUCUUUCCAAACACUUGUGUAGCAAUAAACAGCUGUCUUUAUUAUCUACUCUUGUGAAGAUUCCAGAAGAAAGAUUAAUGAUCCAUCUAUUUUUUAUGUAGGCUCCACAUGGAGCCCAACACCGGGCUUGAACUCACAACCCUGAGAUCAAGACCUGAGCUGAGAUCUAGUCAGACACUUAACUGACUGAACCACCCAGGCAUCCAAUGAUCCAUCGCAUAAGUAUUAUAUCACCUUGGUCGCUUCCAGGUUACCAUAAGAGACAACAUUGCCAAAGCUGAAAGAAAGGGGAACCACUAAAUGUCAUGAUCUUGGGAGGUAGCCUCUGUCAAUAUAUGCGAUGUGCAAAGGGUGUUUGUGUUGUGCAUGACCUCACAGGAGUUAUCUCAUACACCUAGAUUUGAUGGAAAUAAGAACAUUCUACUCAAAAUAAUACCAUUUUGUUAAAAAAAAUUAAAUUUAUGCUCAAUGAACAAGGAA